UUUAGCUUUCAGCAUCUUGGCACGUAACCUGACAUCGUCGCCAAGCAUUUUUUACUAAGGUGACAAUGGAAACGAACCAAUGGCGGCUAAGGACUAGGGAGAUAAGUGAAACUCACGUUACUUACCGAAGGGGUCUUUUGGAUAUUUGACGCCUUCAAAAACUGUUACAACAACGGCGAGACGGAUGCCAUUUUCGGAAGGCAAAGCUAGCCUCUAAAACAAGUAUAGAAAACCAUAUCGAGAUGUUCGAAGAUAAAUACUCUUGAUCGUCGCCAUCUUACAGGACAGCUUUAGCAUCAUCAUUCUAUUCUAUCACGUUGAUCGUCCACUACUUUAUCACCUCAAAUAACUCUUUAUUAUCAUUCCACGUUGCGGGACAACGAGAUUCACUCAGCCAAAAUGCAAAUUACCGUUUUCAUUUCUAUCCUCCUAAGUGCAACUGCGCUCGCUGCUCCUGUCAAGAGUUGCAAGAAUACCACGGGAAAUGAUGAUGCUACGACAAAUGCUGCACAGGGUGCUCUCACUGGAGGAUUUGGACUCGAUGCAAAUACCAUUGCAGGGUUAACAAAGACGUUCCCUAAUGCCCCUAGCGCCGCGGAUUGUGCUUCGAACAAUCUGUCAUUCGGACAACAGCGCCAGUGUAUCGAUGCCGGAUUAUUAGACGACCCCAGCUUUUAAAAAUGGCUAUUCUUGGAACUGGAGCUUGCAAUAGGUUAUUACGU